CGUAGAGAGACACAGCGGAACUGUUGUGUGUGAUUAGAACGCGGCCUACACACGUUGGAUAAAUUACAGCCCUUGGAACUAUCUGACAACAUGAGUGAAAUAAAACCCAAUGACGUGGUGGCCGACAGUGCAUCCGAUGCAGGAGAGGAGAAAGACUGGGCAGCUGCCAAAGCAUUUUUCGACAACUUGAAAACGAAGAAACCAAGACCUCCCAAACCGAGAUAUGCCGUGACCAUCGCAGUGUCUUCACGGACUUUAUUCGACAUGACCGAAGAAAGGAAAAUAUACGAGGAGGAAGGGCUAGAGACCUACGUCGCGCAUCAUAUAGCACAUGAAAACGAACCACUGAGACCCGGUGCGGCGUUUCCAUUUGUAAAGGCCCUUAUGACGGUGAAUGACAAACUGCGGGAGCUCUACCCAGACAGCGAGGAGCUUUUCGACAUCGUUCUGAUGACUAACAACCACGCCCAGGUCGGGGUGAGGCUGAUCAACAGCAUCAAUCAUUACGAUCUGACCAUUGAGCGGUUCUGCAUGACCGGCGGGCAGAGCCCCAUUGGCUACCUGAAGGCCUACAUGACCAACCUCUACCUCUCCAAGAACUCGGAGACAGUUCAAGAAGCCAUCGAAGCAGGCAUUGCAGCUGCCACCAUGUUUAAUCCCGACACGCAAAACCAGUUGGUUGAAAAUCAGCUGAGGGUGGCAUUCGAUGGUGAUGCUGUCCUCUUUUCCGACGAGUCCGAGAUCAUCGUGAAGAAACACGGCCUGGACACAUUCUUCGAGCACGAGAAGGAGUAUGAGAACAAACCUCUUGCACAGGGUCCUCUGAAGUGCUUCCUGGAGGCUCUGGGCAAGCUGCAGAGGAAGUUCUACGCCAAGAACGAGCGCAUGAACUGCCCCAUCCGCACCUUCCUGGUGACGGCCCGCAGCGCGGCCAGUUCCGGGGCACGCGUGCUCAAGACCCUGCGGAGCUGGGGCCUGGAGGUGGACGAGGCCCUGUUCCUCGCCGGAGCCCCCAAGGGGCCGCUGCUGCAGAAGAUCCGGCCGCACAUCUUCUUCGACGACCAGAUGUUCCACAUCGAGGGGGCCCAGGAGCUGGGGACCAUCUCCGCCCAUGUGCCGUACGGGAUUGGCCAGAAGUACCACAAAGGGAAGCUGAUUGAGAAGCCCGGUAGCAAGAAUUGAGGAUGGGCUUAGAGGCACUGAUUCAUUAGUAGGUUGAUGGCUACACACAAAGAUGUAUUUUUUGGCACUGUUAGUUAUUCAUAGAAUAUCUUUUAUAUAGUCUUUUCUAAUAUUUUUGGUGAUAUUUAUCUUUGAUAUGACAAAUUAUUGAAUACUACAGCAUAUUUGUUUUACUUUUUUCUAUCAAACAGGAAUAUAGUAAUAUGCAUGCAUUGUGCAAGUUUUAGAUUUUAAAGUUCCAAUGCUCUUCACGCACAAAGGUUUCACUCCAAACUACCAGAUGUGUCACUGAUAAUGUCAGUGGCAUUAUUUUAGACGUGUAUUUUUUUUAUUAAAUGUAGCCCAUUUUGUUCCUGCAGGUUAAUUAUGUUUGCACCGAUAGGACUUGGGAAUUAGGAUCGGUGGAUAGUCUUACUGUAGGAAACAAAAAGAAAGAAAAGUUGGCUCUUCAACAAUUAUAAUCCUAACAGCAAUGGAACACAUAUGAUGCAUGUUUAGUACAUUGAUUGAGUGGCACUAAAUGAUUUAAAAUAAUUUUACAAGCAAAUAUUAUACACUAUUAAAGACCUCAACAUAGGAUGUCAUAUCAGUUAUACACUGUCAUAUACUGAGGGCGGAAUUGCAAAUAUUACCUCGAGUUUGAACAGUGACAUGUUUAUGGUUUAUGUUAAUGGUUCUCCGAAGACGCUUUUGUCUUGAAGUGAAAGAUAAUGCUCUUUCUACAUCAGUUGGUAAACACCGCACAGAUAUGCAUAAUCUCUAGGGUUCUCUUGAGUCAAGAAUAUUUUACAUAUGGCAAUUCCAGGGUGUUACUGUAAUGUAUCUCUUAAAAAAAAAGGCACUGCACUAAUGCCCAAUACAAUGCAUAUUCAAUUAGUGUGUCUUUGAUGAGAGUUUUUAUUACAGUAUGUAUUUCUUAAUGCAGCCUCUAAACUGAAAUAAAUUUUUUAUCAAUCUAAUAUAAUUUAACUUCAGCAAAAGUUACAUGCAACACCUUUUAGCAGAUCUGUAUUUUUAUAUCAAGGUAGAUUAUGAAAGUUCUCUCUCUGUUCUGUCCCAUUCCUUUGUCACUGUUGCUCUUAUAGUAUGUGUGUUGGCUACAUUCUAGCUUUAUUUUACUGUUUGCUUAUUGUUAUUGUAAAUUGUUCCUCAAUUCGCCAUCUGUGCUAAAUUAGGUCAAGAGCUAGCCUACAUCAUGUUAUGGCGCAAAGCUGAAGCUGUUGAUGUAACCAUGUAGAUAGAACUAGCUUUUGCUUUGGCCAUUUUCCAAUAAAGCUAGUUUGACAGAUAUUCAUUUGAACAGAAGCUGAGACAAUGCCAGAUCAGAUUUUUUUUUUAAAAAAACAUUCCCCAACCUGUCUUUCUGCUACAGAAGAGGUAGACCCCCCCUACUCUAUCAUAAAAAAAUGGCUCUUGUGACAUUUGACAUAAAUAGAAAUAAUAGUGUGCAUAUAUGGAACCAGAGUGUGCCCACUUCUUUAUUAUUUUUAAUGUUUUUACCAACAGUCAGCACCUCAUGAAACAUUUUUGGUGUGUGUUACAUUUGUUCAACACUUUACAUAUUGUAGCGGCUGCUGCCUAUAUCUAUUGCUCCAGAAGUUUAUGUUUGUGUUUUUGCAUUUAUUACAAUGUUUCAGCUACACAAGAUUUGAAAUACAUCAUGUCAGUUUUUUUGUGUGUGUCAGUUGUCAUAUACUGUAACAUUCAAACACAAAUUUCAUAUCACAGUGAGCACUCCCAUGGGGCUAUUGUUUUGCCGUGGCUUCUGCCAUCACUGUGGUAUCUGUGUUAAGUUGUUAUGACUUUUUAAUAUCCUGAUAUGGGAUAAACGCACCAGCCUGUAGAUGUUAGACGGCGUCAUUGUCCUUGUCACUGUGUAUUGUACUAUGCUGUCUAACAUUUUCCAGAUCUUUUAGCACUUUUCUGUCAUCAUAAAUGUGUUUACAUGUAUGACUCCAGGUAUUUUUCAUCAGGGUGGUAUGAAAUCGAAAAUUAGCAUGGAGGAAGCUCUUCAAUGCUAGACACUAUCUUGAAAGCAUUAUUUUUUUUCACUUGGUCUUGCUGUUGUUUUGCUUUUCAUAUGGGAAAUACAGGUGUGUUAGUACCUUAAUGGCAAAUAUGUCUUCAUGUCUCAUUUGUUCAGUGUACUCAGUUAUGAAUAUCAGCCUUGUUCUCCUCACAGCUGAAGUGUUCCAUUCACAGAGCAUGAAACUAAUUCUAGAAGACUGGUGUGUGUGUGUGUGUGUGUGUGUGUGUGUGUGUGUGUGUGUGUGUGUGUGUGUGUGUGUGUGUGUGUGUGUGCAAGUGCAUCACUAUCACAUCUGGUCAGUUCCAUCGACUACUGUGGAAGCUAAUUUGUAGCAGCAUGCUCUCCCCAAAUGAGAUGCUUCAGUUGUGUACCAGGUGUUGCCUGCCUGUCACAGCUCAGUACAGUUGGCAGUACAUCAGAAUGGGCCUUGGGUCACUGCAUGUUGUAACAAGUAUACACAUAUUUGUGUUAUUUUUUCUCUUUUUUUUUUAUUUUUUAAAGCUGAACGCUGUGCCUGCACAGCACACCGCUGCAUCUGAUCCUUAAUGCUGUUUGUAAAAAAAACUGUUUGGGCACAACACUGUAACAUGGGUCAGGGUUCACUACUUAUCUUACCACGCUAUUGCUUGGAGCUGAAAAUAAAUGCAUGCAUCAGCAUCACUAUCAAAAGGA